UUUCCAGUCGCACAUUUAUGACUUUCAUAUUCUGUCUUUGAAAUUAGAGCUAAAUACAGAUAAAUUAAUCAACUAAUAUAUACUAUUAAAUAUAAAUGAACUAAAUAUAAUCUAACAUACACAAAGUUAAAAACUAGUUGCAAAUGUUUCACUUGUUGCAAAUGUAUUUCAGUGGUCGAUUGCACCUUUUCAUGUCGUCAUCAAAAAGUGACGGUAUUCCCCGGAAAGAAGGAGAGUUAUUUUUUUUUUUAUUGCAGAACCGUGUUGAUUGCUGGAAAGAAACAUGUCUGGCAGAUUCUAUUACGUCAUGGUUGGUCAUCAUGACAACCCAGUCUUUGAAAUGGAGUUUUUGCCUGUUGGUAAAGCUGAGUCAAAGGAUGACCACCGGCAUCUGAACCAGUUCAUUGCACAUGCAGCUCUCGACCUGGUGGAUGAAAACAUGUGGCUGUCUAACAACAUGUACCUGAAAACUGUGGACAAGUUCAACGAGUGGUUUGUCUCUGCCUUUGUCACCGCAGGACAUAUGAGAUUCAUCAUGCUUCAUGAUGUACGACAAGAAGACGGAAUCAAAAACUUCUUUAAUGAUGUGUAUGAUUUAUACAUUAAGUUUGCAAUGAAUCCUUUUUAUGAAACCAAUGCUCCAAUCCGGUCGACGGCAUUUGACAGAAAAGUGCAGUUCCUUGGAAAGAAGCACCUCUUGAGCUAAUGAACCAACCUGAGUUCUGCACCUUUUUUUAUUUUCUUCAUUGUGUUUAUCAUACACAUCAUUGGUCUACGAUCACCUGUUGGUUGUGUUUUGAUAAGUUCACUAUGGUUUACUUUCUUUAUUCUUACCAACCACAGUAUAAAAGAUAGCAUUGGGCAGUGUUUUAUAAUGAAUUAAUGGCAUGUUUGAGUGUCACCAGCUUUUUGUUGCCUAGUUUGAAAAUGGUCUGUAUGAGGUCUCUAGUUUAAUAAUAGUGACAUGGUCUCUGAGGUCUAGUUUGAUAAUAGUGACAUGGUCUCUGAGGUCUAGGUUUAUAAUAGUGACAUGGUCUCUGAGGUCUAGUUUGAUAAUAGUGACAUGGUCUCUAUGAGGUCUAGUUUGAUAAGUGACAUGGUCUCUGAGGUCUAGGUUUAUAAUAGUGACAUGGACUCUGAGGUCUAGUUUAAUAAUAGUGACAUGGUCUCUGAGGUCUAGUUUGAUAAUAGUGACAUGGUCUGUAUGAGGUCUAGUUUGAUAAGUGACAUGGUCUGUAUGAGGUCUAGUUUGAUAAUAUGUACAUGGUCUGUAUGAGGUCUAGUUUGAUAAGUGACAUGGUCUCUAUGAGGUCUAGUUUGAUAAGUGACAUGGUCUCUGAGGUCUAGUUUGAUAAUAGUGACAUGGUCUGUAUGAGGUCUAGUUUGAUAAUAGUGACAUGGUCUGUAUGAGGUCUAGUUUGAUAAUAGUGACAUGGUCUCUGAGGUCUAGUUUGAUAAUAGUGACAUGGUCUCUGAGGUCUAGUUUGAUAAUAGUGACAUGGUCUCUGAUUUCUAUUUUGAUUAUAGUGACAUGGUCUAGUUUGAUAAUAGUGACAUGGUCUGUAUGAGGUCUAGUUUGAUAAUAGUGACAUGGUCUGUAUGAGGUCUAGUUUGAUAAUAGUGACAUGGUCUGUAUGAGGUCUAGUUUGAUAAUAGUGACAUGGUCUGUAUGAGGUCUAGUUUGAUAAUAGUAACAUGGUCUGUAUGAGCUUGUUUAAAACAUGUAUAUUUAAUUUCUGAUGUUUGUGAAAUGUUCUAUGUCUAACUGACCAGAUUCUCUCAUCAAAACACUUUCCAAAUAAUUCACUAGCGUGCCUGUGUGUGCCUUUGCCAUACAAACUAAUGGCAGAACAUUUCACUUAUCAUUAAGCAUGUACAAAGACCAGCCGAUGCAAACAAAAACUCACAUUCUGCGUGUAAUAGAUCCUGUAUAUAUGCAGUAAUAAUCACUACACCAGAAAACAUUUCCCAAAUGACUUACUGCGGAAGUCUAACUGAUAUCUUUUUCACAUUUAACAAAGUGUUUCCCCCCCCCUGUGUAACAGUGGAAACUAAAAACAAACGUCUUCAGGGAAGAUCAUUCAUUCAUGGACUGUUUUUAUUCAAAUAGCAUUUUUCAUUCAACUUGCAUUCCAGUCAUUCUGGACAACACUGCUGUAGCAAAAUGAUAUAAAAGCUGAGCAAAGAAAACUGUUCUCAGCACUCUUAUUUUGUGAGGAUGUACAAUACUGUAAAAUCAAUAAGCAAUGAUUGUUGAAAUCAAAUUUUAGUAUUAAAACUAUACUAGUAGGUAAGAAAAUGAAAUUGAUCUCCAUAAAUGUAAAGAAAAUACAUGUUAGAUAAGACGCCCAUAGAAGGGAAAAAAAUGGACAGGUACAUACAUUAAACAUGGUUUAUCAUAUCCACCACCAUGUCCAAGUUCAUAAUGUAUCACCCAUCUGUUAAUUACAGUUAACCUAUUUAUCAGAACACUGUAAUUCUGUAAUGGUUAAAACAAGGUUCUGUACUAACUUAUUGGUAGAGAGCAGAAUGUCAUGCAGCAUAAGAACUCUUUAUUCAUUUAAUAUUUAUCAUUUCAGCUCGUCCUGUGCAAGUGUUGAACAUUGUGUCCAUUGCAUAAUGAUAAGUCAUUCAUUAUGGUAUGUUGUGCAGAUAUCGCAAGGCCAGCAAAUUCAGCACCAAUAAUAUUAUAUGAUAAAGUAAGAGUAAGUAAGUAAUAGAGUAAGAAAUCCUAAACCUUCAUUUCUGCUUAGAUUUCUCUCUCUGUACUAUAAAGUAGUGAUGCUAGAUUAGUGCUUCAACUUUUUCAAAUUAAGACUGCAUAAAUUACUCUGCUUUGUAUUAACAUUUGUUGUAAUAAAUAUUAAUAUAUUAUGUUUGGAUUUUUAUUUUUUUUACCUAAUCCCAUUUAAACUCAAUUGAUGAUUAAAAGUGACUUGCUUCUACUGUA